GACAGACAGAAGACAAGCAUGACAUGGAGCAGCAUCAGCACCACUGACAAGGAUCUCCCAUUCUGAGAGAGGACAAAAAGUAUUAAGGAAGAGGAGGGGGAGUGAGAGAGAGAGCAAGAGAGCGAGAGAGAGAGAGAGAGCGAGAGAGCGAGAGGGCGAGAGAGCGAGAGAGAGAGAGAGAGAGAGAGAGAGAGAGAGAGAGAGAGAGAGAGAGAGAGAGAGAGAGAGAGAGAGAGAGAGAGAGAGAGAGAGAGAGAGAGAGAGAGAGAGAGAGAGAGAGAGAGAGAGAGAGAGAGAGAGAGAGAGAGAGAGAGAGAGAGAGAGAGAGAGAGAGAGAGAGAGGAGAAAUAAGUUUCUUUGAAACGGAGGAAAGAAUAACAAAGGACAGCUGGGGGACUUUUUUUACACUUUCUUUUUUCUUUUCGGGCCAUUAUUACUGUCUUUCCUCCCUUUCCUACCCCAUCUCUCGGUGUCCCCCUUUCUCUUUCACUCCUCUUCUCAUCCUGGGUCUUCUGCCAGCUCCCGCCGUGGGGUCUCAGCUCUCCGUCACCUUCCCCCCUUCCCUUGCUCCCUACCUCCCACGGGCCUUGCUUGGAGCCUCCAGGCUCCUGCGCCGCAGGAGGAUGUCUCGCAGGGAGUCUCCCCCGCUGCCCUCACCGGAGCAACUCCUUGGAGUGAGGAGGCGGGAGGUGGAUUGCGACGACCGUCCGGAGCGCACCGAGCCGCUGUCCGAUUCCGAGAGGGAGAUCAUCCAGGACACUUGGGGGCAUGUGUACCAGAACUGUGACGACGUGGGGGUGUCAGUGCUCAUAAGGUUCUUUGUCAACUUCCCAUCUGCCAAACAGUAUUUUAGCCAGUUCCAGGACAUGGAGGACCCCGAAGAGAUGGAGCGAAGUAGCCAGCUUCGACAACAUGCUCGCAGGGUGAUGAAUGCCAUCAAUACUGUGGUGGAGAACCUAAAUGACCCGGAGAAGGUGUCAUCAGUGUUGGCCCUGGUGGGGAAGGCUCAUGCUAUCAAACACAAGGUGGAACCAAUAUAUUUUAAGAUAUUGAGUGGGGUGAUGCUGGAGGUGCUGUCUGAAGACUUUCCGGAAUCCUUCACGGCAGAAGUGCAGUUGGUGUGGACCAAACUCUUCGGUGCCGUGUACUGGCACGUGACUGGAGCCUACACAGAUGCGGGCUGGCUCCAGGUCUCCAGCUCGGCUGUGUGAAGGGUCAGUGUAGAGCUGUGCGGUGGACUCAAAAAAAUGAAAACAGAGAAUGACAUGUUGUUCCACAGUGUUUACUUUGCAAGUUUUGCAAGCAAGGUUUCGCAGAAGGUAGAUGAUGAUGAUGAUAACUCCAUUUGCUCAAUUGCUCUCUGUAUUUUUGCAACAUUUUGGAGUUGGGGCUUUAUUGCCGGGAUUUUGUUGACUACAUAUCCUGGAUAACCCCUAUUAAAGUAGGCUGGCCAACAUCUGCAAACACUAAUGACAAUUUAGCUCAAGUCAGUGAUGGUUGGAUAUGUGCUUUUAGACCCCCAUGGCUGAUAGUAAUUAUCAAGUCAACUGUCAAUUGUUGCCAACCCCACAAGAAAAGCAUAAGUAAUUUCCCAGUUUCUUGCCUGUAUAAUUUCCUCUUUGCUCUCAGACAUGUCAAGCACUUUUCUCCGAGACAAAAUGUUUCUGUAGACAGUUAAAAAAUGCAAUCUCGGGUCAUUCUCAUUAUCUCUAAGACUACUUGCGGGUCGCUAACCUUUCUAGAGAUUUACUGGAGAUUCAUUUUUCCUUUCAAAAAGCAUGGUGCUCAUUUUAUUCUCUGAAAUAAUUUAUCCCUCUGGUCAGCGAGCAAAUUUAUUCACAAGACAAACUAUUGAUUGUACAUAAAAGGUCAAAUAAUACACACGUACAAAGCUAUAUAUAAUGCCAGCCGGAAAAAAUGACGCAUCGUAUUGAUUUGAGAACAAGAACAACAUAAGACAUUAACAAUGAUUUGUUCUGCCAAAAACGUUUCUACUGUUGAAAAAAAAUAAAGAAAAAAAUGUUACUGUUAAAAAUGCAUCACUGCCUAUGGAAUACAGCUUAGUCUUCUGUUGCUGUUGACUUCCCACAUUUUGGUUUAUUGUAGCCUAAUCAGUGCCAAGGAAUAAACAGGACCUUUUUUUUUUUUUUGUUACUUAGUAUUAUUAUAAGAAGAAAUAGCCUCAGUAGUGUGUGCACGAAUCAAACACAGCCACCGCUGCUCCAGUUUCACUGCUCAACCAGGAGCCGUCAGCCAACUGGUAGUUUGCGUUUGGUCACUCUAGCACGAAUAGCACACUCAAGAUAAUUCCAAAACUGUUCAACUGAGAUGAGGUCAGGACUAUUGGCAGGCUCUUACAUUUUCUCUACUCCCAAAGGGAUUGCCACCAGUUGCCAUCUGUAUCUCUCUGCAGUGAAGCUGCACUCAAUGAUGACAGCCUCAUAGAUCCAGUGAUGAAGAUGUACCUCCAUCAAAAAGUUUUACAAUGUGCGCCUGUAGGUUAACGACAUGCAGUCUCAAGACAUAGAACCUUGGGCUGCAUCAUAAUCAAACUUGGCCAUCAGUUUAGAGAUUCUUUGUAGCUGGGCUCACUCCAAAUUAUUCAGCAACUUUCUUUUGCUGAAAAUCAACUUGAAGUUGCCUGCCAUGCAAAUUCUUCCAGUAGACACCAAAGACACCAGCAGAAUAGGCUGUGUGACAUCGAAAAAUAAUUAUUUAUUCCAAAAUUGCAUGUUCCUUACAAAUGAAAAUAAACAGGCAUUCCAGUGGUGAAAAAAAAGCAUAAUUGUGACAAAGAAAUAAUCUACAGAACACACUUGGGGAACAUGUUUUAUUAAUGUAAAUGUUUUUUUUAAAUAUCAAAAAUUAAACUAAGCUCUAAUGUUAUGUGCUUUAUUAACAUUUGCAGCUGAUCCAACUCAUACAACAAAGCAUGCGUUGAAAUUCUGCCUUGCCUUGGCUGUCUGUGUACAGUAAUUUAGGAAUAGUGGUUAAUGUUGUCAUUUCUUUAAUCCAAAUGUCUAUAAAUGCAGCAAAAAAAAAAAAUUAUCUGUGAAAAUUCAGUCAUGUUAUCACAAGAGAUGCAUCCCCAAGUCACACAUGCUUAUUAUAUGAUAUUUGAAAGUAAUGUCAAAUAUGUUUAGACAGGGAAGGAUUUAGAAUAGGGUCAAAUGUCAAAUGUUGAAGCCCUAACUUUGGGACCAUGGAACUGCUGACUGUUAUUUGCUUUUUACUCUUUCUGUCCUGUAAUCCUCAAAUUUAACGGGGCCGAGCUCCUCUUUCGCUCUUCAUCAACACAUUGUGCGCUCUAAAUAUCUUGCUUGAACUCUGUCGUUUGUAUAAGUGAACCGUGUGCAAGUGUACAUGUACUCUUCUGCUUUCCCAAUUCACUUCCACAUGAAUCCGUUUCGGCACCAAAGAGGGCUGUUCACUCGUUUUUUGUUUUUUCGGGCUUUACAUUGGAUUCACUCAUGUCACAUAAACACAAUGACAAUGAGAUAAAUGGAAAAUGUCCGCAGGUGGGCACGAUCAGCAGCCACGUAUGUGCACGUUUCAAGGACGGUCCUCUCCUUUGCUAAUAUUUACAAGCCUGUCACUUAGUUUAGACAAGCAGAUAGAUAUAACACAUUAAAGGCUCCAUUAAAGGCUUUAAAGACUCUUCCGGAGGUCUCGGAAACAGAGAGCAGAGUGCUGACAAGAAUUCAGUCAGGUUUUCUAGUAAAGCUACAGCAAAGAAAUGCCAUUUCUCGGUCUUGAUCAAAUUACAAAACUCCCAUGACCCACUCAUGUAACCUCUCGAAAUGAUGACAAUUUCAAGUCCCCAUCCGUCAAUUAAAUUCCCAAGCAUACACUGCAAAUCUGUUUAGGAUGGACAUUUGAUCCAAUCUUGAGCUUGCAUCUGCUUCACUGAUGUCCUGUUUCUUCUAUUCGACCUUUGUUGGCAUCAUCAUCUGGCGUUUACAAGGAGGCAAUGAGUCUCCGCUCCUCCUCAUCUGCUCAUUCAUCUACUUAACGUUACAUCCCAUUGCCUCGGUAAUGAUUAUUCUCCCUGAGCGCUAAAACACUUUUACGAAUGCCGUAUGCUGUCAUUCACUGAUAAAUCUUUUAUAAGCGUCCCUUCCAAUCAAUUACAAAGAUUGCAAUUAGUUUGGCUCCAAUAAUGACUUGGAAGAUUAAAAGAAAGAACUGACCUUUAAUUUUGGUUCUGACCCUGUUUUCAUUCAUGUGAAAAUCUACAACAUAUGAAAAUUCACAACUUGCCCAAUGAAAUUGAAAUUGACAUUUUACAUCUUAUUUUCCUUUUGUCUUGUUUUUUUUUUUGUCCAAUUAGAUCUCAGUCUUUCUGUGCCGUCGCGUUAAUCUAAUCUGGACCUUCAGAAUUAGUAAUGCUGGUUGAUGUCACUUAAAAUGUUUGUGAUUUAGGAAGAUUUAACGUUCAUCCUCACAAGAUCAGCAGAUGUGUUCUUCUUGAAGACCCAAGUCAUUUCCAAGUUUUAGCGAGAGGCUAUAAAACCUAACGACUGCCGAUGAUAAAUGAUCCGUCAGUUUAUGACUGGAUUCCAUGGUUGAAUAGUAAUAGUGUAGUUGUCAUCUGCAUGGCAAAAAAAUCAUAUAAAAAUCGUAUACAAACGCACUGUGGCUUCCUGCUCUUGCCGACCUACAGGUUUUGUGACAUUCAAUUUGCAUCACUUUUUCAUCAUUCUAUUUACACACACAAACACAUACAAGAUGCACACAUUCCUUCACACACACAUACUUGUGAUUGUGCAUUAAAUUAGCUGACAUGUGCACACACACACACACACACACACACACACACACACACACACACACACACAUACGUAUAUAUACAUACACACGUGUGCUCUUAUCUGUUUUGUUGUGAAAUUUUUCGAUCAGUUAUUAAAAGUGCAGACUUAAUUAUAUUUUUCUAAGUAUAUCUCUGAAGAUGGCCUGACAUAUCUGAAUAAUAUAUCAUCAUGUAAUCGUAUACUAUGUUGUUGGUGGGAGCAAGUGCAGUGGCUUUGUCGUAUUUCAAGCAUGUUUGCACACCUUGCCACAAACUUGUACCUCUGUAGACGUGACGAACAUGAAAACAGUUAAUA